AUGGUUGGUCCAGGCGGCGGUCCACCACGCAAGAGCCACACCAAGUCUCGCAACGGGUGCAAAACAUGUAAGAGAAGACACAUUCGAUGCGAUGAGACUUUCCCGCAAUGUCGCAAUUGUACAAAGCACAACUGCCGUUGUGAUUACCAGGAUCAGCCUGCUGCUCGAGGUGGUAGUCCUCCCUCGCCGCGCCGUGGUCCUGACCUCCUCAUGUCACCCGAGAUCGAGAUGGAGGUAGAUAACUGGCAUCGCUCUGGUGUGCCUCCGUAUCCAGAGCUAUUGCAGUGCCCGCGCGCCGGAUGGUCCGGUUUGUCGCGGUCUGAUUUGCGCCUGAUCCAUCAUAUUGUUGGGCUUUCUAUUGACUUGCACCGCCGAGGGUUGAGCAGUAGCACUGUCUGGGCUCAGAAGAUGCCCAAUUUCCUAGCUAUCGCACUGGGCAGCGACUUCGUUAUGAGCUCUAUCUUAAGCUUGUCAGCAUUCCAUCUGGCUUUCCUAACGGGGAAUCAGGAGACGAGGCAGCUGGCUUUCAGUCACAAAGUUACAGCCCUUCAGGGACUGCAAACUGCCCUAGCCUCUUUCUCCAAGGAGAACUGCGAUGCAAUCCUCGCAGCGUCUGUUCUCUUGUCAUGGCAGGCAACAGAACAUCAAAGCUGGGUUUCUUUGCAACAUGGCAUGUCCAGUGUCUUGGAAUCCAUGCAUCCAUUCUGGAAACAGGAGUCAGAUAUUGCACAAUACAUAGAGAAUCAACGAGCACUCAGCACGACAUAUGGCUCAAUGGAUGGAACCUACCAACCCCUGGAUGAAGAUAUGGCCCAUCUAGAUCAAACAAUCCAGGCCCUACAAGUCGCCCAGAAACGCGUCUCCCACAACCUCGAGCACUCGCAACGACUAGGAGAACUCAUCGAAUUUACCCAGCAAUUCUGCGAUAAUUUCCCCAAUCAAACUCCAUCAAAAUCAUUCGAAAGCAUCCAAACCCUCCGUCGCUGGCUCUUCUGGCUCCCAGCCUCCAUGCUCCGAAACAGCGAAUCAGACAUCAGCACCCUCCCAAUCCUAGCCCAAUUCUUCGCCGUUGGCAUCGCCCUCGACCGCUUCUUCCCAGAUCUGGGUGGCGCAUACCUUGGGGCCCCAUCCGUCGGCCCCGUUGAAGAGAUGUACCGCAUAAUAGCCACCCACAACGCCACAGACCCCUAUAAUCCUGAUAGCCGGCUGGCCAUGACUCUCAUGGAUCUGCCCCGCCGUAUCGUUAACCGAUAUCGCAGCCGUCUUCCUUGGUCCCCCCGCCCAUCGGUUGACCACUACUCCCCUGGCCCGCCGAGCCCUUACCACCAUUCUCUUCACGAGUACCCGCUCGUCGCCUCCUCACCCGCUUCCGCCUCACCCUCUUAUGCUGCUUAUACCCCGCCCUUGCAGUCUCCUCCUGCCGUAACAAUUGCCGGCUCCUCCUUCCCCCUUCAGGAUGGUUACGUCUCCGCUGCUCCCUCGCAUUCUUUAUCCCCACGCUCGCCACAACUGAUCGAUAAUCAUGACAUACACCUUGGUUUAUCGGAUAUGGGACAUACGCACCAUUCCAGCCUUCCUAUCCAUACACCUAUUCCGCAUUCCAUGGCUUACACUCCGCCGUAUGGUAAUGAGACGCUGUGUGCUGAUCUACCGCGCGCGGACGGUGCACUCGGCUUGAAUGUGGAAGUAUAUCCGCAGACACACCCGUUUGAGCUGCCGAGCUUGGUUGCGCCGGCUUCUCUUUGGACUUGA